CUGAGCGGCAGCAAAGAUGAAGGACCCGAGUUUGUUGCGCUCAAUUCCGGGCUAAGAUGCCUAGCCUCGGCGCCUGGGGACGUGGAAGUCUGAACCUGGUAAAGUGACCGCUGCAGUAAAGAAAGCCUUGGAUGUUGGGUACAGGCACCUUGACUGCGCCUUUGUCUAUGAGAAUGAGAAUGAAGUCGGGAAAGGCAUUCAAGAGAAGAUCAAGGAAGGAGUGCUGAAGAGAGAGGAGCUGUUUGUUACUAGCAAGCUAUGGUCAACCUUCCAUGAAAAAUCUAUGGUGAGAGGAGCCUGCGAGAGAACUCUUGCCUCUCUGAAGCUCGAUUACUUGGACCUCUACCUCAUACAUUGGCCAACAGGGUUUAAGGCUGGAGAGGCUUUUUUCCCCACUGAUGAGCAGGGACUAGUGAUACCGAGUGACACACAUUUCUUAAAUACAUGGGAGGGUAUGGAAGAACUUGUGGACGCGGGGCUGGUGAAAGCCAUUGGAAUCUCUAACUUUAACCACAGCCAAAUAGAAGAGCUGCUGAACAAGCCAGGGCUAAAGUACAAACCGGCAGUCAACCAGAUUGAAUGUCAUCCAUACUUAACGCAAAACAAGCUCAUUGAGUAUUGUCAAUCUAAAGGCAUUGCUGUGACAGCGUACAGUCCUCUGGGAUCACCAGACCGGCCUUGGGCCAAACCAGAGGACCCAUCUCUUCUAGAAGAACCCAAAAUCAAAGACAUUGCUGCCAGGCAUAAAAAGACAGCUGCCCAGGUCCUGAUCCGCUACCCUAUUCAGAGGAAUGUGGUAGUCAUCCCGAAGUCAGUGACUGAUGAACGUAUUGAAGAGAACUUUCAGGUGUUUGACUUUGAAUUGACCCCAGAAGAGAUGAAAGAUAUUUCCAGCUUUGAUCGAGACUGGAGAGUCUGUGCCUUAACUUCAGCCAGAAAACACAAGGAUUAUCCAUUCAACGCAGAGUUUUGAGGGCUCGCUUCACCUGUUACAGCUCCAGUUUUUCUAGAUAAUACUGUUCGUCUGCAACCAUUUAGAAAUGACUGUAGCAGGGUGUUCCCUUCUGCACUCCAGUAACUCCGAUAUACAAUAAACCAGUGUUAUUAGUUUGA